GGCGAAUGCUCCCAGAAGUGCUAUGACAUCUUCGUGCUGGAGACGGUGUGCGUGGCGUGGUUCUCGUUUGAGUUCCUGCUGCGAUCCAUCCAGGCAGAGAACAAGUGCGCUUUCCUGAAAACCCCUCUCAACAUCAUCGACAUCCUGGCCAUCCUGCCUUUCUACGUCUCUCUCAUUGUGGAUAUGGUCUCCACGAAAAACAGCAGCAAGCCCAGUGGGGCAGCUGGGAACAAGUACCUGGAACGAGUGGGCCUGGUGCUGCGCUUCCUGCGGGCGCUGCGCAUCCUGUACGUGAUGCGGUUGGCGCGGCACUCGCUGGGGCUGCAGACGCUGGGGCUCACCGUGCGCCGCUGCACCAGGGAGUUCGGGCUCCUCCUGCUCUUCCUCUGUGUCGCCAUGGCCCUCUUCUCGCCGCUGGUGUACUUGGCUGAGAGCGAACUGGGAGCGAAGCAGGAAUUCACAAGCGUCCCCACCAGUUACUGGUGGGCUGUGAUCUCCAUGACAACUGUUGGCUACGGGGACAUGGUGCCUCGUAGCAUCCCUGGACAGGUGGUAGCCCUGAGCAGUAUCUUGAGUGGGAUUUUGCUGAUGGCUUUCCCAGUCACGUCCAUCUUUCACACCUUCUCCCGUUCCUACAGUGAGCUGAAGGAGCAGCAGCAACGAGCAGCAAGCAGGCAGAUGCGCCAGCUGGAAGAGAGCACCAAACUCCCGGGUGGCGACGGCACACAGGGGCUGGGUGUCACAUUCCCACCCGAUGCUGCUGGGCAGGAGGGUCAGCCCGCGCUGGACCGGGAAGCCAAGGGAAGUUGUUGACUCUGAACAGCUGAAGAUGUAUGUUGGUUGGCAGCACAAGAAGCAGUGGACAAGGGGGGGUCAGUUCUGCAAGAAGAACCUCCUGAACUACACAAAUGAGGGGCAG